AUGUAUCAUUAUCAGCAACAGCAAAGUGAUACCACGCACCUUACUCGUCAGUUGACGUGCGCACAAGUAUCUCGACAAUCUUCCUCUCCUCACCAUCACGCAAGAGCGGCAGCAGCCAUGGCUCGCAACACACCAUUGUCUUCGAGUGUCACUAUAACAGACCCCAAUGACCCCAAUAAACUGUUCUCCAGUGGAAAAAAUGGAGAAGAAGAAGAGCACAUAUGGACCUCUUUGGAUAUGGGCGGAAUGGGAUUAAAGAAUAUUUCACCUGUUAUAUGCAAUUAUGCUUUUUUAACAGCACUGUAUAUUAAUCACAAUAACUUGACUUACUUAUCGCCAGACUUAUCUCAGCUUAAGAACCUUAAGAUUCUAGAUGCAUCGGGAAAUAAGUUAAGCAUGUUACCACCUGAAUUGGGUUUACUGUCAAACUUGCGUGAAUUGCUACUAUUCGAUAACAAAAUAGUGUCCCUACCUUCUGAGUUUGGCAAUCUGUACCAACUAGAGACAUUAGGUCUGGAAGGAAACCCAAUUCAACCUGAAAUAAAAACCACAUUGAUAAAAGAGGGAACUCAGGCACUGAUAAUAUCCCUUCGCGAAAAUGCACCAGUAGGCAUACCUCCUCCUCAUAGAGAAUGGCUGUUGGUUGAAGGUGAUACUACGGAGGAUCCAGACAAAUUUACUGUAUUGUCUUACAACAUUCUUUGUCAAAAAUAUGCAACUAGCCAAGCUUAUGGUUACACGCCAUCUUGGGCAUUAAGCUGGGAUUAUCGUAGAGAAUUAUUGGUUUCUGAAAUUUUAGGCUAUAACGCAGAUAUCAUUUGUCUACAAGAGAUGGAGAUGGGGCAGUAUGAGGAUUAUUUUAGGGACCACUUUAAAAAAGUGUGCGACUAUGAUGGAAUUUUCUUCCCCAAAACCCGAGCAAAAACCAUGUCCGAAAAAGAAAGACGAGUAGUUGAUGGUUGUGCAAUAUUUUAUAAAACUACAAGAUACCGUCUGAUCGAUAAGGAAUUGAUCGAAUACAAUCAAAAGGCACUACAACGAUCAGACUUUAAACAGACCGUGGACAUUUAUAACCGUGUGAUGAAUAAGGAUAACAUUGCCGUGUUUGCAAUGUUAGAGGAUAAAAAUACGAACAAACACAUCCUAGUGGCAAACUCACAUAUUCAUUGGGAUCCUGCUCAUGCCGAUGUCAAGCUUGUUCAAGUGGGAGUGUUGAUGGACGAAAUAAAUAAAUUCUCUAGAAAGCAUCUUUCAUCCUCAGUAGAUAAAAUGUCAACUAUAAUUUGCGGUGAUUUUAAUUCCGCACCAGAUUCAGGUGUGUACGAAUUCUUCUCUAAGGGUACGAUUCAACAAGACCACGAUGAUUUUGGCGACCAUUCUUAUGGAACAUAUACCACAGAAGGAUUAUCUCAUGCUCUUUCACUCAAAAGUGCAUACAGUAACGUCGGGGAGUUACCGUUUACAAAUUAUACACCCGGAUUUAAGGGUGUUUUAGAUUAUAUAUGGUAUACGACCAAUACACUAGACGUUUUCUCUCUUUUGGGUUCCAUAGAUAGUGAUUAUCUCAGCAAAGUUAUUGGAUUUCCCAACGCUCAUUUUCCUUCAGACCAUAUCCCAAUCAUGGCGGAGUUCAAGUUCAAAAUUACAAACAGGAAAGAAUCCGUCAAAGCAGAUUUUGGCAGUACAAGACACAAUAGAACAAAUAAAUAA